AUGAAUGUAAAAGAAUUCGAAGAGAAGGUCAAUGCAUCAAGUAUCGAUCAAAUAACACCAGUACUAUCUUCAACAUCCAAUGCUACAACUGGAUUAGAUUUUUUAAGAAUGAUUGAUGCAAUCUAUGUUAAACAACUUCCUUCAUUGACUGAAGUUCUAUUUGGUAUUUCAUCUGAAGCUAAAUUUGAUAUUUACAAUGAUAAAAAUGUACGAAUAUUACAAGCGUUAGAAACUUCGACAUUUUGGCAACGUUUCUGUUGUACAACUAGACGACGUUUUCAAUUGCGUAUUCUUGAUAAUAAUAAUCAGCGUCCAUUAAAAUGUUGUUCAGGCUGUUGUUGGUGUGCUUGCUCAGAAUGUUGUAGUCAAGAAGUGACUGUUGAAUCACCACCUGGGACUUUAAUUGGUCUUGUAUCGCAACAAGGAAGUUGUUGUCGACCUAUUUUUGCAAUCAAAGAUGACAAUGAUAAUCAUAUUCUUACUGUACGUGGUCCUCUCGUGCGUUGCGAUGGACCAUUCAGCUGUUGUUGUGAAACUAAAUUCACAUUAAUUGGUGCAGAUAGAAUUACAGAAAUUGGAACUAUUUAUAAAAAAUAUCGUGGUUUUUUAAAAGAAGCAACAACAAGUGCUGAUGCAUAUUUACUUAAAGUUCCAAUGGAUCUUGAUGUUAAAAUGAAGGCAAUGUCACUUGCUGCUCUCUUUCUCAUUGAAUAUAUGCUCUAUUCAGCUAUUCCAAGUGAUAAUUAA